AUGGAUCUUGCAGCUUCCAGCGCCUUCACAGUCCUGAGCCCAGCCACCGCCACAGCCACCGCCACAGUGCGAGCUGCGACACGGAGCCAUGCGGCGCUAGGACAUGGUGCCACAGGUGCUGCCGGCACCGCUGUGGCAGUGGCCGGCCUGGCCGCGGUGUCGGGCGCUCAAAAAACACGCCGGGCACGUCGCAGCGCGCCGGUGAUGGUGGGCUGCUCCAUGGAAGACCAGACUUACUACCGCGACCACCUGGUGGCCUGCCGCGCGCAGUUGAACGGCGUGGAUGCUCCUACCCCAGAGGAGACUGACAAGCACAUGGAGGGCAUCCAGGCCUUUGCCAAGCAGGCUUUGGCGGGUGCUUCUGCCGCCAUGCUGUUCACCAGCUCCAUGGAGGCAGCUGUUGCGUACCCAAUCUUUGCCCAGCAGAACUAUGCCAACCCUCGUGAGUACACUGGGAAGAUCGUGUGCGCCAAUUGCCAUUUGGCCAGCAAGCCCAUUGAGGUGAGGCUUCCUCAGGCAGUGCUCCCCGACACCAUCUUCAAGAUGGAGGUUGAGGUGCCAGCCAAGUACGCCAAGCGCCGCCAGCCUCUUGCUGAUGGCUCCAAGGGCCCCAUGAACAUUGGCGCCAUUGCCGUGAUGCCUGAGGGAUGGAAGUUGGCUCCCAAGGAUCGUCUCCCCAAACCCCUGAAGAAGGAGAUGAAGGGCUUGGCCUGGGCUCCAUACAGCAAGGAGUAUCCCAACAUUGUUGUGGCAGGUCCUGUGCCAGGCGAGACUUAUGAGAAGAUGGUCCUGCCAGUGCUGUCGCCGGAUCCCAAUACCAAUGACAAGGUCAUCUUCGGCAAGGGGAUCUUCUACUUCGGUGGCAACCGUGGCCGCGGCCAGGUCUACCCUGAGGGCAACCAGAGCAACAACAACCAGUUCUUGGCAUCCGCCACCGGCACCAUCUCCGCCAUCGAUGGUUUGAAGGUGAGCAUCACCACUCCUUCGGGCGAAGUAAAGACGCAGGAGUGCCUCACAGGUGCUGACAUCGUGGUGCAGGUGGGUGAUGAAGUGACGAAGGAUGAACCCCUCACCACCAACCCCAACGUCGGUGGCUUCGGGCAGGAAGAGAAGGAGUGCAUCCUGCAGGACAUGAACCGCGUCUACGCCUUUUGCGCCUUUGCCUUCUCCUGCUUCAUUGCUCAGCUCAGCUUCGUGCUGAAGAAGUGGCUCGGCCGCAAAGAUGCCAUGGGUUGGUCCAACAAGAAAGGCAAGCGGCAGGACUAUGCGUUGCUUUUCGAUGUGUUGUUUGUCCCUGAAGCGGAACCAUGGAAGCAGUUUGAGAAGGUUCAGCUGGCCGAGGCCUCCCAGCCCCAAAAAUCGGACCUUUCACCAUCCGCAACUGCAGCCAUGGCCCUGGCCCCUGCCUUCACCGUGGUCUCCAGCCCCGGCUCCGUCAACACUCCCACCUUGCGGGGUGCUGUGCAGCAGCCACCGGCCGACAAAGUGCAGGGACCAGCUGGUGCAGGUGUCACCUUGGCCGCUGCCGGCCUGGUUGCUGCCGCCGCGGUGACGCGUCGCGCGCGUAGGGCGAAGGGCAGCAUGCCGAAGGGUCCAGUGAUGGUUGGAGCAUCCGUGGCGGCAGAAGAGUCCUACUACCGCGACCACCUGGUGGCCUGCCGCGCGCAGUUGAACGGCGUGGAUGCUCCUACCCCAGAGGAGACUGACAAGCACAUGGAGGGCAUCCAGGCAUUUGCCAAGCAGGCUUUGGCGGGUGCUUCUGCCGCCAUGCUGUUCACCAGCUCCAUGGAGGCAGCUGUUGCGUACCCAAUUUUUGCCCAGCAGAACUAUGCCAACCCUCGUGAGUACACUGGAAAGAUCGUGUGCGCCAAUUGCCAUUUGGCCAGCAAGCCCAUUGAGGUGAGGCUUCCUCAGGCAGUGCUCCCCGACACCAUCUUCAAGAUGGAGGUUGAGGUGCCAGCCAAGUACGCCAAGCGCCGCCAGCCUCUUGCUGAUGGCUCCAAGGGCCCCAUGAACAUUGGCGCCAUUGCCGUGAUGCCUGAGGGAUGGAAGUUGGCUCCCAAGGACCGUCUCCCCAAGCCUCUGAAGAAGGAGAUGAAGGGCUUGGCCUGGGCUCCCUACAGCAAGGAGUAUCCCAACAUCGUGGUAGCUGGACCUGUGCCAGGCGAAACCUACGAGAAGAUGGUGCUCCCUGUCUUGUCCCCGGAUCCCAAUACCAACGACAAGGUGAUCUUUGGCAAGGGCAUCUUCUACUUUGGCGGCAACCGCGGCCGUGGCCAGGUUCGGAAACCAGGGCAGGUGUGGCAGGGCCAAGUAGAGUGGCAGGUCUACCCUGAGGGCAACCAGAGCAACAACAACCAGUUCUUGGCAUCCGCCACCGGCACCAUCUCCGCCAUCGAUGGUUUGAAGGUGAGCAUCACCACUCCUUCCGGUGAAGUGAAGACGCAGGAGUGCCUGACAGGUGCUGACAUCGUAGUGCAGGUGGGUGACGAGGUGACCAAGGAUGAGCCCCUCACCACCAACCCCAACGUGGGCGGCUUCGGCCAGGAAGAGAAGGAGUGCAUCCUGCAGGACAUGAACCGCGUCUACGCCUUCUGCGCCUUUGCCUUCUCCUGCUUCAUUGCCCAGCUCAGUUUCGUGCUGAAGAAGAAGCAGUUCGAGAAGGUCCAGUUGGCUGAGGGCUUCUGA